AUUUUAGAUUAGUGAUAAUAUUAAAUCAUAGUACUUUGACCUGAUCCUAGGACUACCUGGAAACAAUGUGUGGGUGUAGCUUCAAUUAUUUUUUCUAUAAAUAAGAUUGUGCAAAUAGACCUAUUCAUUACAGUCCCAGUAACUUAUAUAGUAACCCCAUGGAUUCAGAACUUCUCACAACUGAAAACUCAGAGCAAGAGAAAUCCUCACCUCAACCAGAUCAGCCUCCAGAGCACCAGCCACCACAAAAAACUCAAACAGAAGUAGGAACAGAUACUACAACAUCAAAAGAUCCACCUUCACCACAAUAUAGGGAUGAAAAAAUUGGCACCAAUCAAGACUCAGAGCCUACAGUUAUUAUUGCUACACAACCAGGACCAACAGUCAUUAAUGCAAGGAUUGAAAAGUCUGGUGACUACUACUUGACAUUGUCAAUAAUAUUGACUGUCAUAUGUUGCUGCUGUGGCAUUUGGGACUCUCUUUUCUGCACUAUACCAGCAAUAUUCUUUGCAUCUGCUGCUCGUGAUGCAGAGUCCCGUGGUGAAUAUGACAAAGCCAUUUCAAGAGGAAGAGUUGCUUUCUUUCUUAACAUAGCUGCUUGCGUCUGGUGGCUGAUUACAGUCAUCAUUAUUGUAAUUGCAGCUGUUACUAGUGCCCUAACAAAUAAUUAGUAACUUGAUUUGAGACAACAUUAACCUGAUAAAUAAAGUAUUAUAACAUUUAUAUUAUUUUGUUAUUGAUAAUUAUAGUUUGUUUUAAUGUA